UCGCUGGCUCGGACCCCCCCUCCCCAUCUCUAGCUCAGCCCUGCUGUCCAGCUGGCUGCUGUCAGGGUGUCACUUUCCUGGCUCGGGAGGCGGUGAGGACGGCAUGAAAAGGCUUUUUUGAUUGUGAUGGCAACUCACUGGGAUUCAUGGUGCUUCAGGGAAGUUUCCGUAAUCCGCUCUUAGAAGCUGAGGAUGGUGCUUCAUCGUGCCAUCCAGGCAGCUCGGGAUGCAGACCUGGCAGCUCUGAAGAAUCUAGCAUCCUCCGGCCAACUCUCUGCUGCUAUCAGCGAUGCCCAGGGUGCAGGGCCUGUGCACCACGCAGCCCGGUGUGGGCGCCUGGACUGCCUGCAGUUCCUGGUGCGUGACCUCGGGCUGCCGGCAGACUCUCGAGCUUUAAACGGAGCCACGGCAGCACAUGAUGCAGCAGCUACUGGUAACAUCCGGGAGCUGAAGUGGCUCGUGGACCAAGGAGGCUGCAGCAUCCAGGAUCAGGAUGCAGCAGGAGCCACGGCUCUUCACCUAGCAGCUCGCUUCGACUGUGUGGAGGUGACCCAGUGGCUGCUGUCUGUCGGAGGGGAGGCCAAUGUGGCGACCAACUGUGGAGCGGUACCGGCCCACUAUGCUGCAGCCAACGGGGGGCUCACCUGCUUAAAACUUCUCCUCCAGGAGGCCCCUAGGUGUUUGAACCAGCAGACGGGUUUGGGAGCCACCCCCCUGUACCUGGCUUGCCAGGAGGGGCACCUGCCCGUUGUCCAGUAUCUCGUAAAAGACUGUGAGGCGGACGUUCACCUGAGAGCCCACGACGGCAUGUCCUGCCUUCAUGCUGCUGCUCACAUGGGGCAUCAGGCUGUGGUGGGUUGGCUGGUGACCUGCACCGACGUGGAUUUGUCCUGCCAAGACAGAGAAGGAGCAACAGCUAUGCAUUUUGCUGCCAGCAGGGGGCAUUAUUGCAUCUUGGAGCUGCUGCUUUACAUGGGUUCUAAAGUCAUCAAAGAUUUCUGGGGAGGGACUCCUCUUCAUGAUGCUGCAGAGAAUGGAGAGCUGGAGUGCUGUAAAAUCCUGUUGGCCAAUGGAGCAAACCCUACAGAUGAUGAUAUUGAUGGAUUCACAGCAGCAGACUUGGCAGAGUACAACGGGCACUCUGAAUGUGCCAGAUAUCUUCGUGCCAUAGAGAAAAACGCAUUGUGUGCAGACAGAUCCAUCCAGGUUCUGACUCCGGUAGAGGAGGACGUGGAGGUGAAGCAGACUAUGUUGUUUCCUCGCAGCAAAGAGGACUACUACGGGAGGCUGAGUGAGGAGUGCAGAGACAGUCAAAGCUGUAACAAACACAUGGAUAGCUUGAAGCAACCUGAGUGUGAGGAGCCACCACAGGCUAGAUACCCUCAGGCCGCCCCUGCACCUCCACCACCCUCUGCUUCAGGAAGAACCGCAGCAAGGAGAAUAGAGCAGGUCCAGAUUGCCGCAUCGGUUAUUAAAGGUUUUAAUCAGUCCAUGGCAGCUGGGAGUGAGAGAAGCGCCUCUGCUGAUAAUACAGUAUUUCCUGAUACAAACCUCCUGGCUGAGAGGAAACUCCUGGGUGACAUGAAGAACAUUAAAUCGCUGAAGGAGUCAGGGAUGUCAGGAGUCUUUGCUGGACAAGCAAGCAAGAUGGUGGUCCUGCCAACUGAGGAGGCUAACCUGUCAGACAUCGACUAUCUGGUGCCCACCCACGAUGAGAAAGGUCACCCCAUAGCUGAGUGGAAGAGGCAAGUCAUGGUGAGGCAACUGCAGGCCAGGCUGCUGGAUGAGGAGGAUCAGAGGAGGAAGGAAAAUGGGAACAGAUAUGCCAAAGUCAGCUGGAGGUACUCCCAAGCCCACAAUGCCAUCCUGGGACCCUCCGGUGAGCUGCUGACUGAGGAUGACCUCAUCUAUCUGGAGCAGCAGAUUGCCAACGUCUCUCUGCAGAGGAACUGUGCAGGUUACGAGCUGGAGCUGGCUCGUCUGGCUGAGGAGCUCAGGCACAUCCUCCCAGCUCCCAUCGUCAACAUCACUGUCAACACCCAGUUCAGGAACUUCAAGAGCCAGGUUCCCCUACCUGUUUGGUGUGGCCGGAUCUCAGGCAUCGUCAAAAGCAUGUCUCUCCUCAUGACCAACCUGACAGACCAGCCCUACUGUAAGAUGCCCAACACUGAACUCAUCACCGUGUUUUCCCAGGCCCCGGACAGACAGAUCACCAAUAGGGUGCGCAGGGAGAGCAUUGAGGAUGAAAUCCAUCAUUUCGGAGUGUCUGUGAGGACUUUGAGGUCAAACUUUGAGAAUCAGGGCACAUCUUUACCAGACCAUCCAGAGGAAGGCCUUACGUUCUGUCCUUCCUCUCUGCUUGAAGAUAGACAGUUGAAGGAGUUGCAGCCGGCAGCUGAAACAGACCAGAACAGUGAUUCUGGGAUUGAUAACGAUGAAAACGUGGCAGAUGUCCAGGAAACCACCAGCCUCAGGAAGGAGCGCAUAGUAGUCCUGUUUUUAGGUCACUGGAAAAAGUCUGCCUACUCGGUGACACUGAAGAGCAGGGAUGCGGUCAAAAGGACGAUGAGCAACAGCAGCACUGGGGCCCAUGCAGAGUAUGGUUCUGGUGCAGCGGACAGCGCGGAAGGCGACGAGUCGGUGAUGAUGAACAGCUCACUGGGACAUUUCUUUAAACAGAGGAGCGCCGUCAACAAGAUGCUGGGAAACUGGAGGAAGAUGAUCUCCAGCGUCCCCUCCAGACAGAUACACAGGCUGCACAGACAGAAGGCCCUCCUCUCCCCAGAACAGUUCUUACCUCGUCUGGACGGCGUGCCGGUUGACUACGACAGCCUGACCCUGGAUCUCUUCAUGCUGGGUUACUUUCACAUCUUGGAGUUGGAUCUCUCCGUGGAUGAAAGGAAAAUGAGGCACUUGCUGUGUUUCGAGGUAUUCGACCGUGUGGGGAAGUUCCCCUGGGAGACAAUCAGAGAGUUUCACAAGGCUGUUGUUCAGGACAUUGAGGCUGGAAACCGUGAGUGGAAGGAUGGCUUUGAGGACAUUAAAGUAAAAUUCUUUGGAAACACUGUGAGCGAGCCUGAAGAUGCAUCCAAUGUGGUGAAACACAGCCUGCCAGAGGUUAGGCAGGUUCCUAAAGUCAUCAUUCAGACACCUACGCCCGAUGAGAACAUGCUCUGUGGUGGAACUGAUAUUUCCAGUUUCAGCAAUGAAGAAAUAUGUCAAUACAUUGAUCGCAGUUUUGCUUUUUGGAAAGAGAAAGAGGCGGAGAUCUUUGAUUUUGAAUAGUUUUUUUAUGCUUUAUAGUCAAUUAUGAGUUGUGAAACAUAGGAAACACCUUCUUUCCUUUUCUUUUAAACAUUUCAAAUGUUUGCUUGAAUUUUAUCAGUUGUGUCUGAUAUAAAUGUUCAUUUGUAUGUUUUUAUACUGUUUUAUUGCACUGUGCUUGGAAAUUAAAAGACAAUUUUAAGAGUUUUAACCUUUUAAUCAUAUUUUCUAGUUGUGAAACUAACAUCUGCUAAGCUCUGAUACAAAA